AUGGCUUGUAAUCUGUCACCUGUGAACGAGAUGGCCGACUCUAUCACGAGCAGUACACCGUCUGAGAUUGUCUACGGCGGAACCGGCUCGCCAGAUGAGCAUCGAACAAUGUCAGACAAAGUGCAGACGAUGGCAUCGGCGAUUUAUCGAGAGUUGGAGACAAUGAUUAAAGUGCAUGGAGAAGAGAAUGUGAAAACACUGAUGCCUCUCGUUGUCAAUGUGCUCGAAUCAUUGGAUCUCGCUUAUUUGGAACGUGACGAGCAAACUGCCGAACUGGAAAUGCUCAAAGAAGACAACGAACAGUUACAGACGCAGUAUGAGCGAGAAAAAGCUCUUCGAAAGCAGACUGAACAGAAGUACAUCGAAAUAGAAGAUACUUUAAUCGGGCAGAAUAAAGAGCUGGAUAAAAAGAUAGAAUCUCUUGAGUCCAUUAUGCGAAUGCUCGAGUUGAAAGCGAAAAAUGCAACUGAUCAUGCAAACCGUUUGGAAGAAAGGGAGGCUGAACAGAAGCUGGAAUUCGAUCGACUCCAUGAACGGUAUAACACACUUCUUCGUACACAUGUUGAUCAUAUGGAACGUACGAAAUAUCUAAUGGGAAGUGAGAAGUUCGAGCUAAUGCAGAAUAUGCCACUGCCAAACAUGCAGUUGAGGAAUAAGAUGGGAAUGGCCGCUUCUGUCGAUGCAUCAUCGAUUCGUGGAGUUUCGGAUCUCAUUUCCGCCCACAUGACCCAAUCAACGACUAUGGAUGUGAAUUUGGCAAAUCACAUCACUAAUGAAGAUUGGCAAGAUGAGUUCUCUUCGGAUGUUGAGCCGUCCCCGCGCGACCUUCCUCCUCCAGCAUCAGAAUCUCUUGCAUCUCCAGUUUUUACGAAAGAGCCCACUCCACAGCAUGAAGCUGUUUCACCGAAACGAUCAGAAGAAGAAGCAGAUGACACAUCUUCGUUGGAACCCAAGGAGAACAACGACUCGCUCGGUGCUGAUCUCACUGGAAUGGGUCGAGAAGUCGAGAAUCUGAUCAAAGAGAAUUCUGAGCUUCUGGAUAUGAAGAAUGCGCUGAACAUUGUGAAAAACGAUUUGAUCAACCAAGUUGACGAGUUGAGCAGUGAGAAUAUGAUCUUGCGAGAUGAGAACAUGAGCAGACAAAUGGUCAGUGAGAAGAUGCACGAACAGAUUGCAAAGCUUGAAGAGGAAGUGAAGACAAUGAAGCAAAAGCUCAUGGAGAAGGAAAACGAACAAGAAGAGGAAGAUGUUCCUAUGGCGAUGCGUAAACGCUUCACUCGUUCUGAAAUGCAGCGUGUUCUCAUGGAUCGUAAUGCAUACAAAGAGAAGCUCAUGGAGCUGGAAGAGUCGAUCAAAUGGACCGAAAUGCAACGAGCCAAGAAGAUGCAACAACAACAGCAAAACGUCAACCAGAAGAAGUCCGGUGGAAUAUGGGAAUUUUUUUCAAGUCUCCUGGGUGAAUCUGUGACUCCGCCCGCAUCGGCUCGGGGUAACCGUACCACCUCUUCGCGUAGCAAGAUGACGCGUUCUGUGGAGUAUAUCGAUCCAGACAUGAUUUCGGAGAGACGUGCUGCCGAGAGAAGAGAGCAGUAUAAGUUGGUACGAGAGCAUGUGAAAAAAGAGGACGGACGAAUCGAAGCAUACGGAUGGUCUUUUCCAAAUGUAGACGCUGAUGUUUCGUCAGUUCCGAUUCCUGUUUGUUGUCGACCACUUCUUGAUAAUGAGCCAUCACUAAAGGUUUGGUGUGCAACAGGAGUUGUAUUGAGAGGCGGAAGAGAUGAAAAAGGACAAUGGAUUGUUGGAGAUCCGAUUUAUUUCGCUCCAGCAUCCAUGAAGAAAACGAAAACGUCCAAUACCAGAACAGAGUUAGAAGAUGAGAUAAAGCUUCAGAGAGCUCGAAACCUGGAUGCACGUGAGAGUGAACUCGAUGAAUGGCAAUCGUCUUCACUCGUCUGGGUAGUCAGUUCGAAUCAAGGAAAAAGUCUCAUCGCUGUUCUCGACGCCAACAAUCCGAAUAACAUAAUUGAAACAUUCCCAGCAUGUGACAGCCAUCUCCUCUGCAUUCAAGCAGUAUCUGGAGUGAUGGAAGGAGAGCCAGAAAUGAAUGAGGAGCAGUCGAAGAAGUUUUUGUGUGGUGGUGGAAAAGUGAAAGAGUUGCCAGAAGGAUUAGAUAGCACAGAUCUUGGGUCGUGCGAAUGGGUGGAGCUUCGAAAAAUGGAAGACUCUGAAGAUGGAGUUCCCACGUACUGUUCCAAUGAUAUGAAGCCAAGUCCCAAGAGAACAAGAGAUUUCAGCAUCAGUGAGGUGGCUGCCGUAGAUCCAGCAUCUGUUCCUGUUCCAGUCAAAGAGCCAGUUCCUCCUGCAAAUCGUCCAGGAGGUCGUGCGGCUCUCCCUCCUCAUAUCCGAGAUGCAAUGAGCAAGUACGAUGGAGUAUCUGGACAAAUGAGUGGAGCACUUCCGACUGUAUGGAUGGGAGGGCAGAAUCAAUACAUAUAUAUUCACUCCGCUGUAACUGCAUGGAAACAGUGCCUUCGCCGAAUCAAAAUGCCAGAUGCAGUUCUCAGUAUUGUACACUACAAGGGCCGAAUCUUUGCCGCUCUUGCCAAUGGAACAAUCGCAAUCUUCCACAGAAAUAAACAUGGUGAAUGGUCUGACGAAGGAUAUCACUCGCUGCGAGUCGGAAACGCCACGUCAUCAGUUCGAUCAUUGUGUCUUGUUUCAACGAACAUCUGGGCUACAUAUAAAAACUGUGUGGUAGUUAUUGAUGCGGAAAGUCUACAGAUUGUGAAAGUGUUUGCGGCUCACCCAAGAAAAGACAGUCAAGUUCGAAACAUGCAGUGGGUUGGAGCAGGAGUUUGGCUCUCGAUUCGUUUGGAUUCAACUCUUCGCCUGUACCAUGCUCACACCUACGAACACUUGCAAGAUGUUGAUAUUGAGCCAUAUGUGACAAAGAUGCUCGGCACUUCAAAACUCGAUUUCUCUUAUAUGCGAACAACGGCUCUUCUGGUUUCAAAUCGAAGACUUUGGAUUGGAACUGGUACUGGAGUCAUUAUUUCAGUCCCGUUCUCAGGACAAAUCGAAAAGAAAGUGGAAAGCAAAGACACCAAGAGGCCUGCUGGACCAGGUGGACUUGUAAGAGUUUAUGGAACGUCUUCUGAAAACAACACGGACGAGAAGUCAAGCGACGACUUCAUUCCAUACUGUAACCUCUCACAUGCACAACUAUCGUUCCACGGACAUAAAGACAGCGUCAAGUUCUUCCUCGGAGUACCCGGAGCAUCAAAGAACGGAGAAGAUGAGUCAGCUGAGGUGACUCUUCGACGAAUGUUGAUCAUGUCUGGAGGAGAUGGAUAUAUUGAUUUCCGGAUAGGAGAAGAAAAUGAGCCAGAGCUAACUGGUCAAUCGAUUCGGCCUCGUGAUAUGUCUCAUCUCAUAAUUUGGGAAAUCGACGCCGAGCUUCCAAUUCUUUCUAAAUAA